GAAGAAAGCAAGCCAGAGCCCAAUUGUCAAUGGUCGUUGGGACGCGGUAUCGGCUGCUAAACCUAAAUCCUGUAAUUAAUUAGAGCUAAGAAAGUGAUUAAUGGGCUUAAUCACAAUAUUAAUCCUGGUGGUGGUGGUGGUAUUUGGCGCAAAAACGAAUAUGCCGUUGCCAUAAUGCUUAUGUCCUUCCUCGUCGCAGACAUUCUUAAAUGUAAAGUCGGUUGAGCCUGCGAGACAGAGAGAGAACCCAACAACUACUUGACCCGUUUUCUCUUCGAAUUUUAUUCCUCAUGCACGACGCUUUCCUUUUCCUUCCUCUCUUUCAAAUUUUCAAUUUCAGAGUUUCGAAGCAUUCUUCUUCUUCGUGAUUGUCGCUGGAUCAAUUGCUCUUUGAUUUCGGCUUCGCAAGGAUAUUGGAGUUAUUCUCUGUGGGUGAUUCUGGCACACUUGUGGUGUGGUUGAUUUAUAAUAAUUUGAAGCAGUGCAAGUUCAUUUGAUGGGAUCUACUACGCCGUCUGUUGGUUUUCUAGAUACUUUAAGAAUGGAGAGGGUUAGGACAAUUCUAACCCAUACAUAUCCUUAUCCGCACGAACAUUCCCGUCAUGCUGUAAUUGCUGUUGUUGUGGGUUGCCUCUUUUUUAUCUCGUCUGACAACAUCAAUAGUCUUGUAGAAAAGUUAGACAACAAUAUUAAAUGGUGGUCUAUGUAUGCAUGUUUGCUGGGUUUCUUCUAUUUCUUUUCAUCCCCAUUUAUAGGGAAGACAAUCAAACCAAGCUAUUCAAAUUUCAGUCGGUGGUAUAUAGCCUGGAUUUUAGUGGCGGCUGUCUAUCAUCUUCCUAGUUUUCAAUCAAUGGGAGUUGAUAUGAGGAUGAAUCUGUCUUUGGGUUUUAAUGUAUAUGUCACUUCUGUUCUCUUUCUUCUUUUCUUCCACAUUAUAUUUCUUGGCCUUUGGUAUGUUGGUCUUGUGUCGCGUGUGGCUGGAAAGAGGCCAGCAAUUUUGACCAUUCUCCAAAAUUGUGCUGUUCUUAGUGUGGCCUGCUGUGUGUUUUAUAGUCAUUGUGGCAACCGUGCUAUUUUGAGAAAUAGACCACUGGAACGAAAAAACUCUUGGUUUAGUUUCUGGAAGAACGAUGAUAGGAACACAUGGCUUUCAAAAUUCCUCCGAAUGAAUGAGUUGAAAGAUCAGGUCUGCUCAUCUUGGUUUGCUCCAGUUGGGUCUGCGAGUGAUUAUCCACUUUUGUCCAAGUGGGUCAUUUAUGGUGAGUUAGCAUGCAAUGGUUCAUGUGCUGGUUCAUCGGAUGAAAUCUCCCCAUUAUACUCAUUAUGGGCCACAUUCAUAGGCCUCUACAUUGCUAAUUAUGUGGUGGAAAGGUCAACAGGGUGGGCUCUUACUCACCCUCUAUCUGUUGAAGAAUAUGAGAAGUCGAAGGAGAAGCAAAUGAAGCCUGAUUUUUUGGAUAUGGUUCCUUGGUAUUCAGGAACAUCAGCUGAUUUAUUCAAGACUGUCUUUGAUCUCCUGGUAUCAGUAACUGUCUUUGUUGGCCGCUUUGACAUGCGUAUGAUGCAGGCAGCAAUGGACAAGGUCCAUGAUGGAGCUCAACAAAAGGAUGUUUUAUAUGAUAAUUUUGUUGGGAAGGAUGAUCUGUGGUUUGACUUUAUGGCUGAUACUGGCGAUGGUGGAAACUCAUCUUAUACUGUGGCUCGGCUCCUUGCUCAACCUUCCAUUAACAUCAACCAAGAUGAUUCUAUGCUGCACUUACCACGUGGCGACUUACUCCUGAUUGGAGGGGAUCUUGCGUAUCCUAAUCCAUCAGCAUUCACUUAUGAAAGGCGUCUAUUUUGCCCUUUUGAGUAUGCUCUCCAGCCCCCUCCAUGGUCUAAACAAGAGCAUAUAGCUGUAGAUAAGCCUGAGCUACCUUGUGGUGUGUCUGAACUGAAGCAAUAUGAUGGACCUCAGUGUUUUGUCAUUCCUGGCAACCACGAUUGGUUUGAUGGACUUCAUACAUUCAUGAGGUAUAUAUGCCAUAAAAGCUGGUUGGGCGGGUGGUUUAUGCCUCAAAAGAAGAGUUAUUUUGCUCUGCAACUCCCAAAAAGAUGGUGGGUAUUUGGUUUUGAUCUCGCACUCCACGGUGAUAUUGAUGUGUACCAAUUCAAAUUCUUUACAGAACUAGUAAAGAACAAGGUCGGAGAUGAUGACUCUGUAAUUAUCAUGACACACGAACCAAACUGGCUUCUUGAUUGGUACUGGAAUGAUGUUUCUGGAAAGAAUGUUGCACACCUGAUAUGCGACUAUCUAAAAGGGAGAUGUAAGCUUCGAGUGGCUGGAGAUUUGCAUCAUUAUAUGCGUCAUUCAUUUGUUAAAACGGAGGACCCAGUUCAUGUGCAACAUUUACUUGUAAAUGGUUGUGGUGGGGCUUUUCUACAUCCCACCCACACCUUUAGUAAUUUUAAGAAAUUUUAUGGAGCUUCUUAUGAGAGCAAAGCUGCUUAUCCUUCAUUUGAAGAUUCAAGCAGGAUUGCUUUAGGAAAUAUUUUAAAGUUUCGAAAGAAGAACUGGCAAUUUGAUUUUAUUGGUGGCAUUAUAUACUUCCUACUGGUCUUCUCUAUGUUUCCACAGUGUAAGCUUGAUCAUAUCCUGCGAGAUGAUUCAUUUUCUGGCCACAUGGGGUCUUUCUUUGGAACAGUGUGGAAUGCUUUUGUAUACAUGCUGGGGCAGUCUUAUGUAUCUGUAGCAGGUGCUGUGGUAUUGCUAAUUGUUGCAAUUAUAUUUGUCCCCUCUAAAGUGUCUCGGAAGAAACGAUUGAUGAUUGGAGUUCUUCAUGUGUCUGCACACCUGGCUGCAGCACUGAUUCUUAUGUUACUGUUGGAACUGGGUGUUGAGAUGUGUAUCCAACAUAAACUACUGGGAACUUCAGGCUAUCAUACUUUAUAUCAGUGGUACCGAUCGGUGGAGAGUGAGCACUUUCCAGAUCCAACUGGCCUUCGAGCUCGAAUAGAACAAUGGACUUUUGGCCUUUAUCCAGCAUGCAUCAAGUAUUUCAUGUCUGCAUUUGAUGUUCCAGAGGUUAUGGCUGUCACCCAACAUAUAUGCAAGAAUGGGAUGGAAUCACUAUCUAGAGCGGGUGCCAUAAUCUAUUAUGCUUCCGUCUUCCUUUAUUUCUGGAUGUUCUCAACUCCUGUAGUUUCUUUAGUAUUUGGAAGUUACUUAUAUAUCUGCAUUAACUGGCUUCACAUACACUUUGAUGAAGCCUUCUCCUCCCUCCGAAUUGCUAAUUACAAGUCAUUCACCCGAUUCCACAUCAAAAGUGACGGUGAUCUUGAAGUCUACACUCUUGCAGUUGAUAAGGUCCCGAAAGAGUGGAAGCUAGACCCCGAAUGGGAUAGUGAGCUAAGACAGCCACAACAAAUGAGCCACCUUAGGAAGUUUCCUAGCAAGUGGAAUGCAGCUGCCGCUCAACAGGAUCCGUUAAAUACCGUUAAAAUUGUUGAUCACUUUGUUAUUCGACAAACAGAUAAAACUGUUAAUGGAGCAAGUGAUGGAUCAGUAAUUAGCUGAUCUGGGCUUGUGUUCUAUCUGUAACAUUAUUGUAGUUCCCUUCGUUUAGAUAGCAAUGAAAGAAAAGAAAGAAAGAAAAAAAAAGUUUGUAUGUUAAGAUUGCACAUAUUUGAUUGUUUUAGUUGCCAGAUUUGUACAGAAAAUUGGUAAUGCGAAUUUGGAGUUUCA